CGCUGCGGCCGUUUAUCGCCGGUGCAGGGGCUCACUGAGUGCUGAGAGGCUGCAAUGCAGGCGCGCACGUCGUCGCCGCAGUGUUGCAAGCUCUUAAGCUUCGUUGGCAGCACACCACUGUUGUGCCGGGUCGCACUCCUUGUUGGCUGGCCAAUCGCACCAGUCUGUGUGCAAGCAGGCCCUGCAGGCAGCAGCUUGGCCAGCGGCAGCAAGGCUGUCCUUGCGGCCGACCGACGAGUGUAGUGUUGCAAGCAGCGGCGGCGGCAGCUGUAUUGCAAAAGGAUCCGUCAGUCUCGAUACGGGCUGCCGUGCCGCUCUUCGAUUUGUGGCUACCGGAUCUCAAUCCAUUGGGAGAGCUCAGGCGGCCAUUUGCGCCAGUCACUGCGCGACGUCCUGCACAAUGAGGCGCAUAGCACUCCUCUUGAUUGCGAUCCACGCCGCGGCUCUGGUGCCGCCAAGGUUGCAACGCGUGGCGUCGACGAGCUCCCGUCCGAGGACGCAGACGGUGCGCAGCAUGGCGCCGCUCGGCGAGACAGUAAAAAACACCGCCAUCGUGACCUGGCUCUUCGGCGGUUUGGUGCCGGCGCUUAUCGCGGUGAACAGCUUCGCUUUUACAAAACUCAGCUCGCCCGCACGGUACGAGGGCUUUGUCGAGACCAGCGGCCAAGGCGCGAAGUUGGCGCUCGCGUCGCUCGGCGCGCCGGACGCGGUACUCGAGGAGGACGUCUCUCAGAUUCUCGACGCCUUCGCAACGCCGGACGAGUCGCUCUUCGUGCCGCUGGCCGUGGCGAUCGGCGCACCCGGCGGCGGCGAGGGCGAUUAUCUGGGGGCGGAGCGAUACGUCGCGCGCGACGCGUUCAAGGCGACGAUUCGACGGAAAGCGAGGCAGGCGCCCGACGCGGCGCUCGACGCGGUCUUCGACGCCUGGGCGAAGGGCAGCGGCUGCGCCGCGCGGUCGCAGUGCCUCGGGUCCCUCGAGAGCUGGCGUCGAAGUGACGGCUCCUGGGACCUGGGAGCCGCGGACCGAGACAUCCUCCUGGGGAAGGGAGUCGUUCUGGGCGGGUUCGUCGGUCUGGCGGUGAUAGACUUCGUCGCCCUGAGCGCCCUGGUCUUUUUCGCACGAACGAUCCUCUUCGCGGAGUCAUGACGUUGAGCCCCGGGGUCACGCCUGUGAAAUCGCCCACGCGCAAGCAGGGCCAGGGGGGGGACAAGGUAGUCAUCCUAAUUCGUUGUUAAAAGCU